AUGACUUGUCUGAUUAUAAAUCCAACCUGGCAGCUAACAUGUAAAUCUGUAUCAAAAAAUAAUAAAGUUUUUUGUCAAAAAGAUUAUUGUGAACAUAUUAUGCAAUUAAUUCAAAUUCAUUUUUCAUUACAUCCCUUAAUUCCAACUGAACAUCAAUCUUAUGCUAGAUCUGCUAGUAAAAUUUGGCUCAAAUGUGUUCAAGAACAAUACAAUACUGCAAAAUUAAUAAUUUGUUACAUGUUUGGAUUUAUUUGUGGAAUGGAUAGUAUUGUCCAGAAUGGUGAAAUUUAUGAGCUUGUUCUGUGA